GGAAGACGGAAAGUGUAUGAGAAACAACAAGGAAAAGAAACAAAGGUUGUUGGGUUUGAGUCCUGAGUUGAAUCAAAGAUUGGUCCUUUUGCUCUCUUUUGUAAAAAGGGUUUAGUUUCUGAUCUGAAGAGGACGCUUUUACUGUUCCCCGCUAAAAUUCUCCGUCCCUACCUGUUUCGAUCAAGUUUGUACGAAAAGCACGAAUCUUUAAACGCGGGUCCUGUCCUUGUUAAGGAUCAAGUGUGUCCGUAAAACUCUGAUGAGAUCCAUUUAAGAGAGAGAUGAUAGAUUGUGGCAUCUGGUUACUACUGUAAUAAAAAGCAGAGAGAGGUUAGAGAGAUAGAUUACCCUUUCUUUUGGUUUUGUGUGGGAUAUGGGUAACGUGAACGCCAGAGAAGAAGCCAAUAGUAACCACCACAAGGACAACGACAACGAGAACGACGCUGAGAUUUGCUCUCAUCAAGCAACCCCUGAGCUCAUGGGUCAAUCUCCUCCACGAUCCACUCCAUCUCCUCUUAUGUUCGCUCCUCAGGUUCCGGUGCUUCCUCUGCAAAGACCAGAUGAAAUCCAAAUCCCAAACCCAUCCUGGAUGCAUGAAGAGGCUUCCGACGAGCAAGGCAUCCCCACUAUGAUCACAUGGUCCCAUGGCGGAAACGAUAUCUCUGUGGAGGGUUCAUGGGACAAUUGGAAGUCAAGAAGUCGGCUGCAGAGAUCUGGGAAAGACUUUACUAUAAUGAAAGUGCUGCCUUCAGGAGUCUAUGAGUACAGGUUCAUUGUCGAUGGACAAAGGAGGCAUGCCCCUGAGCUCCCCUUGGCUCGUGAUGAUGCUGGUAACACCUUCAACAUUUUGGACCUCCAGGACUAUGUUCCUGAAGACAUACAAAGCAUAUCUGGAUUUGAGCCUCCACAAUCUCCAGAGGCUAGUUACAGCAACUUGCCUCUGGGAGCCGAAGACUACUCCAAAGAACCGCCUUUGGUUCCACCGCAUCUACAGAUGACGCUGCUGAACCUGCCGCCACCCAACCCUGAGAUUCCAUCUCCGCUCCCGAGACCUCAGCAUGUCAUUCUCAAUCAUCUUUACAUGCAGAAGGGCAAGAGCGGUCCCUCUGUGGUUGCACUUGGUUCCACUAACCGCUUUCUAGCAAAGUAUGUAACUGUGGUGCUCUACAAGUCCCUGCAGAGGUGAAUCAUCUUUUUUACAUGAUCUUAUCUAGUUUACUCUUUAAAAUUUAACUCAUGAUACAUGCCAAGAAUAGUGGUCGCUAGCAAAGUAUUCCCUCAAUACGCAGCCCAUUUUGUUGUCUUUAAAGUUGUCACUAAGGUUUACCAGCAGUAAGGAAGAUGCAGUACUCAGUCAGUGUCAGUGUUUUUUGUUUUUUGUUAUUUUUUUGUUUUGUUUUUUUUAGCAUAAUUUAGAAGAGAAGUAUGCAGGAACGAAUUCACUUGUAAGGCCGGGCAAAUCUUCUUUUUGGUUUUGUUAUGUGGCUUUCAAGUUUCAGAACAGCUGUUACACCUGCCAGUCUUAUAUAAUUGUUUGCUUCCAAAUCUA